AUGGAGGAAUCCAUCGGAAAAUUCUACAAGACGGUGACCAAAUUCUGCAACCACCUCCAAACGAGCUGCGCCGCCCUGAAGGAGUCCGUCGACCGCCGCCCAAUCCCCCUCGAUUCUGCGUCUACAACGUUCGUUGAAAGCGUGAAUCAGAGGGUGUCCGCAGCCGGCGGCGACCUGAACCUGCUGGAAUCCAUGGCCUUCGCCACCGUGUCGUUUGAGGAGCUGCUGGGACACUGCAAUGAGGUCUUGAAGAAGAACCAAAAUGACAUUUUUGCCCUCCAGGAUCACCUCAGCUCCUCCUCUUGCUACAUUCCCCCACUCGAUUUCGACGAAGAAGAUAUCACGACGGGUGAUAGCGCAUUGGACGAUUUCUCACCAGGAAGUAGCUGUUACAAGUCCAAGAAUAAUGAUUCUGAAGAAGAGGAUGUACUGCUUGAUGACUCGCUGAGCUUAAAGAAUUUCGGGAUCUCUGAUGUUUCUCUUGCAACCAUUGCAUCUCAGUGUGGUGAAGCUGGCACUAACUUUGAGAUUGAUGAACCUAAUUUUCAGAUAGGGGAAACAAUUGAUGAUCUUGACCAAGAUGAAGUUUCUGGGCGGCUUCUGAAUAUCUCGAGGGAUGAUUAUGAAAGUCUCCCCAAACACAUGAAGGGUUUGGCACCCUGGGAGGACCUCCUAGAUGCGGUUGAAAAGAUGAACUCAUGCAUAGCGACCAAGAAAACAAAACCGGUCACCUUCAGACAAGAUGAAAUUGAAUUUCUGCAAUUAGGCACUAAGGCGAGAUCUUACCUUUUGCUGCUCAUAAAAAUGAAUCGCCUAUGCGUUGAGACGACUGAUGGCGCAAUCUCCUAUGCAGUUACAGACCACCAAUGA